CAGUUCGCCUUUUGGGCCCAAAUUGGGGAAUGCUAGACUCCGAGCAACUCAGAAUGACGUGCGUUAAGUGAUUUCAAGCUCUUCCCUGUUCUUCGAGUCCCUGCUGCAAAAAGGCCCUCUAAGCUAUGGUACACACGUACCUUCCAUACGCCACUGCAGUGUAGCCUCGAGGCAAGACAGACCUUCGCGGGCGUAGAUUGCAGAACUGCGUCCUAGGUCCCCUCUGUCUGGGAAGCUCCUCUACCUGCAGCAUGCGGAGUCAUCGCGUCUGAAUGCAAAGCAAAGGAUGCAGUGACAAUUCUUGCGUCACCUUACAAAAAAGUAAAUGCUAACGUUUCCCGUAUCUAUACCACCUCUCAACCGACACUCUCAAAGCAUUUUGCAAGGUACUAGCUACCUUAAUAAGAUCUCAUCUUCCCUUGGGAGAUGGGAGGGAGCACUGGCAGUUGCUGGGUAAUUUGAAGACUACUGUGGAGGGUUUGGUGUCAGCCAAUAGCCCCAACGUCUGGUCCAAGUAUGGCGGCCUGGAGCGGCUUUGUAGGGACAUGCAGAGCAUUCUCUAUCAUGGACUCAUACAUGAUCAGGUAUGUUGCCGCCAGACUGAUUACUGGCAGUUCGUGAAAGACAUCCGGUGGCUCAGUCCCCACUCAGCCCUUCAUGUGGAGAAGUUCAUCAACUUGCAUGAGAACAACCAGAGCAGUGCUGAUGGUGUGAAUGAACGUGCCGUUGCAGAGUUGUGGCUGCAGCACAGCUUGCAGUGCCACAGUCUCUCAGCCCAGCUCCGGCCUCUUCUUGGGGAUAGACAGUAUAUCAGAAAAUUCUACACAGAUGCUGCCUUCCUGCUAAGCGACGCCCAUGUCACAGCCAUGCUCCAGUGUUUGGAAGCAGUGGAACAGAACAACCCCCGCCUCCUGGCUCAGAUCGAUGCAUCUAUGUUUGCCAGGAAGCAUGAGAGCCCACUGCUAGUGACAAAGAGCCAGAGCCUGACAGCACUGCCUGGUUCCACAUACAUUCCUCCAACCAGCUACCCUCAACAUUCCUACUUUGGGUCCUUCUCUAGUCUCCAUCAAUCCAUGCCCAACCACAGCUCAGAGAGAAGAUCUACUUCCUUUUUACUCUCUGGCCCUCCCCAGAAACCUCAAGAAAGCAGAGGGCACAUCUCACCAGCAGAGAAUCAAACCAUCCAAGCCUCUGUGCUCUCAAUCUCUGCAUUAGCUGGCGAGUCCCCCUCAUCCCCAAAGGAGAUGAGCUCCAGCACUCUGACCAGCCCCAUAGAGGUAUCCUGGGUCAGCAGCCAGAAUGAUUCCCCGAGUGAUGCCAGCGAGGAGCCUGAGUACCUGGCCAUCGGCAACCUGGAUCCCCGAGGCAGGACCACCAGCUGUCAGAGUCAAGGCAGCAAUGCAGAGAGCAGCAGCUCCAAUUUGUUCUCCUCCAGCAGCUCUCAGAAGCCAGAUUCUGCUGCUUCUUCCCUAGGAGACCUGGGGGGAGGUAGGCAGAGCCAGCUGUCCAGUGUCCUUCGAAGGUCCAGCUUUUCAGAGGGGCAGACACUCAGUGUCACCAGUGGAACAAAGAAGAGCCAUACCCGCUCCCAUUCGGAUACCAACAUUGCUUCUAGACGAGCCCCAGAAUCCUGCAAUGAUAAGUCGAAGCUGAGAGGCCCCUUGCCCUACUCUGGCCAAAGCAGUGAAGUCAGCACACCCAGCUCUCUGUACAUGGAGUAUGAGGGUGAUCAGUACCUGUGCUCAGGGGAAGGCAUGUUCCGAAGACCAUCAGAAGGACAGUCCCUCAUCAGCUACCUCUCUGAACAAGAUUUUGGCAGCUGUGCAGACCUAGAAAAGGAGAAUGCCCACUUCAGCAUCUCAGAGUCCUUGAUUGCUGCCAUUGAAUUAAUGAAGUGCAACAUGAUGAGCCAAUGCCUAGAAGAGGAGGAAGAGGGGGAAGACAGUGAUAAAGAGAUCCAGGAACUGAAGCAGAAGAUCCGCCUUCGCCGCCAGCAGAUCCGCACCAAGAAUCGGCCACUCUCUUUGUACCAGGAAACAGAGCAUGGAAGUUUCCGGGUCACUUCCAGCAGCUCCCAGUUCAGUUCACGUGAUUCGGCACAGUUCUCUGACUCGGGCUCUGCUGAUGAGGUUGAUGAAUUUGAAAUCCAAGAUGGUAGCGAAGGAUCUAACCUGACUCACAUGUCAGAGAAUGGACUCUCAAUGUCAAUGGCUUCGAUGUUUUCAGAUGCUGACAUCAGAAGGAGCACAGCCUCAAGCAGCAAAUCCUUUAUUUCCUCCCAGUCCUUCUCCCACUGCUUCCUUAACUCUACAUCUGCUGAAGCAGUGGCCAUGGGACUUCUGAAGCAGUUUGAAGGGAUGCAGCUCCCAGCCGCCUCAGAGCUAGAGUGGCUAGUCCCAGAGCAUGAUGCUCCUCAGAAGCUCCUGCCCAUCCCUGAUUCACUGCCCAUCUCACCAGAUGAUGGGCAGCAUGCUGACAUCUACAAGCUGCGUAUUCGUGUUCGUGGGAACCUGGAGUGGGCCCCACCUCGGCCUCAGAUAAUUUUUAAUGUUCAUCCAGCCCCAACGAGGAAAAUUGCUGUGGCCAAGCAGAAUUACCGCUGUGCAGGAUGUGGCAUCCGGACUGACCCUGAUUAUAUCAAGCGGCUACGGUAUUGUGAGUACUUGGGCAAGUACUUCUGUCAGUGCUGCCAUGAAAAUGCCCAGAUGGUCAUCCCAAGCCGGGUUCUACGCAAGUGGGACUUCAGCAAGUAUUAUAUCAGCAAUUUCUCCAAGGACCUGCUUAGUAAGAUCUGGAAUGAUCCUCUCUUCAAUGUGCAAGACAUCAACAGCUCCCUCUAUAGGAAGGUCAAGCUACUCAAUCAAGUCCGGCUUCUGCGGAUCCAGCUAUAUCACAUGAAGAACAUGUUCAAGACGUGCCGACUGGCCAAAGAGCUCCUGGAUUCCUUUGACACAGUUCCAGGCCACCUGACAGAGGAUCUACACCUGUACUCACUGAAUGACCUGACUCUAACCAAGAAGGGGGAGCUGGGGCCCCGGCUUGCUGAGCUCACCAGGGCAGGGGCUGCCCAUGUAGAGCGAUGUGUGCUCUGCCAAGCCAAGGGCUUCAUCUGUGAGUUUUGUCAGAAUGAGGAUGACAUCAUCUUUCCUUUUGAGCUUUAUAAAUGCCGGACCUGUGAAGAGUGUAAAGCAUGCUACCAUAAAGCUUGCUUCAAAUCUGGAAGCUGUCCCCGGUGUGAGCGGUUGCAGGCCCGGCGGGAACUGCUGGCCAAGCAGAGCCUGGAGUCCUACAUGUCAGACUACGAGGAGGAACCCAACGAAGCCUUGGCCCUGGAAGCCACCAUUCUGGAGACCACCUGAGGAAAGACUGUUUAGCCCAGCCUAUCUAGGGGCUAGACUCACACCUAAUGCACAACUGAGCCACCCUUUAAAGGACUUUCCCCAUGGGGGCUUUUUUUUUUUAAUUAUUAUUGUUAUUUUUUUAAUGACUUGUCUGACAUCCAUGUGUAGUCAACCUGUCUGGCCUUUUUGGGUUGGUGAGAUCCAGUCUGCUGGACAGAUGAUUUGUAGGCACCAGGUUUUUCCUUCAGAACUAACACUUCGGUCCCUAACUGAAGCUUCUAGUACCUCUGUUAGGGUUAUGGACUGCCAGACUCAAUUCUUCUGACAUCCAUGGUCUUCUCUAAUAGGUGCAGAUCUGCUUUCAGCUACAUCUAAAGUAUCAUUUCUGGUUUAUUUUCUUUUAAUGUUGGACUUUCUGAGCCAGGCCUUUUUCAACAAACUCCCUUCUCCUUUGCUGCUGAAACGGGUGGGUAGAAUUUUUUCUCUUCGAAAUCCUGGAAUAAGGUCAGACUGUGCCCUGAGGAGAAGCAGCAGAGAACAGGAUUACAUCAUGGGCAUUCUGGACCAGCUCAUUUUGGUCUUUUGGGGGCCAAGAAACAGCAUCACUACUACUCUGGAACCCUCAGAGGCCUCAAGGAGGCAGCUAUGACUUCCAUCAUUGAGAUAUUCUAGGCACUGAAGAUGCCACAAACUGACUUUCUUUAUGUACCCUGGUGGGCUUGGCACAAAGGACAGAGCUGAUGCUUAGACCAGGCCCAUCUGUAGCCUUACACAGCAGGCAUAAGUCAAGCAACAACUCUGUUACUUUAAAGAGCAUUUAUUCAUCAGAGGAGCAGUUGGCCUGUUAGGUGUUAAGACUCCCUUUAGUCAACUUAGCUCUUUCAUACAGCUGUGAUCUUUCAAGGUCAAGCAAGUCCCUGAGGCCAUCCUAGGUUGAGGACAGAAACCCUAAACACCACCUUAUUAGUGGGUCCUUUACUCUACCCUGAUCUUUCAGAUGGUCACUGUGGCUCUGAAUAAAAGGAUGGUCCAACUAAACUCUGUUUCUCCCCUUCCUGAAACAGAGCUGGGACCCUCCCUGAUGGGCUUAUCUCUUGCCUUAGCUUCUUUUCUCAAAGUUGAAGAAAAAGCUUCCUACUAUUAAUGGUGUUAUAGAACUUGACAGUUUGUGGAUGUGAGUGUGAAUAUUCCUGCGUUCUUGGAAUAAUAAGAGCAUUUAUGCCAAUGUCAAUUAUGCACUUAACUCUUUAUCUAGCCUAGUGAUAUUCAUAUGUUAAGUCAUCCUUUUUAUAUUACUAAUUUUAUUGCCUCUCCCCACCCCCACACCCUUUUUAAUGGAUGUUUUAAUGGGAAAGUUUUUGGAUGGGGCCAUGUAUGUUUGCAGUAUUCUUUAAGUUGCUUUAGCUUCUAAUCUCUAGACCUAACACAGGGUCAAGGUUGCUGCUCUGAGAGCCAGCAGUUCUGUGAACUAAAACCCAGGGCAUUUUUGUUCUGGGACUGGCUUCUUCCUGUGUACCUGUCUUCCCAUAGUUGGUUUCUAGUAGAAAAAUUUUGGCUUGGGCACUGUCUUCAGAAGCUGAACAGAAAGUUGCACAUGGUUGGUGGAAGCUGAUGAAUGCCUGAGCUGGAAGUAACAAGGAGUCUCACAAGGAAGUAGAAGGGGCUUUAAGGUAAUGAACAGAGCUGAGGCUCCACCAUAGCAAGAGGGAACAUGUAGGAAUUAGCCCAUGCGGUUGGUUCCUCUGCCUCACACUUGGGAUCUGAAGGCUAUAUCAGGCUGGAAGACCCUGAGGCUGUUCGCACUUCAGUUCAUGGUGAGGCUGUAAAAGCCAAGGCCUCGAGCCCAGCUCAGUCUUUGAAGGGCUGACAGGAAGCUCCCAUUCCCCACAAACCCAAGUCGCACUAAGAGUUAGACUCUAGGUUCAGACUCGAGGGUUUUGUAAAAAUGGUGAGCUCUAUUUCAAGUUUUUGUUGAAAUUACAAAUCCAUCCCCUUAUUCUCCAAGUCACUACACUGGAGGAGAGAUGUAUUCUCUUACUGUCCUGCCCAUUUCAUAUUAGCGUAGAGUCAAGGAUAGAAAGUGCUGAAACAGUUUCUAAAGCUGAGAUCAGCAAUCUUUUAUGCUCCUGGUUUUUCACUUAUUUUUCUCCACCUGUCCCACCCCAUCCCGUUAGAUUGUGUAUCUGUUUUAGUGACCCUGAUGCUAGGCUGUCAUCACUGUCCAAAUACCCUUUAAUUUAUUUAUUUGAGAGAUGGGGAGAGAGGGCAGAGGAUAGGAUGUUUUAAAAGCACUUUGCAAAAAUCCCCUGCUCUUGUGGGGACAAGCUUUGGAAUGCACUGAAGAGAGUUCCUUCUGAAUGAAAUGAGAGGGAAGACGUGUUCUUUUCUGUAAAUAAAGGGAAAAAUAAAUAAACCAGUUUUCUUACAAGGUCAAGAUUCAAGACAGCAGAAGAGUGGAAGGCAAAUAUUUUCCACUUAAUGAGGCUGUUAUUGACUUUCUCUGCCAAGGCUUUAGAGCUUUUGUUGAAUUCAUGUAAAAGGAGCAAGAGUCUAAAUAGAGAUGUUUUGUGAAUGUACAACUCAUGUUCUGAACUGGAUUUCUACUUGCUGUAGUUCUUGCACAGCCUAACAGUUCAUCACGUCUUUAAUAAACUAAGGAAAUAAAA